UCCAGGAUCAUGACCUGAGCUGAAGGCAGUCGCUUAACCAACUGAGCCACCCAGGCGCCCCGGGUCAACUAUAUUCUAUUUGAUAGAUGGUAAAGCUUCUAUCUCUUUAAAAUAUUAUGUUGCAAAAAAAAAAAAAAACCCAAACAAUCAAAAAAUUAGGAGAUGAGCAUGACAUUUAUUUAAAAGGUAGAAAGUCAGUAUUUAGAUUAACAUCUACAACUGACAGAUGUUGACUUCCAGUCUAAUUACACAUUAUGUUAUUUUUUCAAUGAUACUUUUAAAAUUUGAAAUCAGAAUAUAAUUGACAAUAAUUAUGGUGAUUAAAACUAUGAGACUAGUAAAAUUCUUUUUAGUUCAGUUUUCUCAAGAAUUGCCAAGGAUUUAACUUUCUUUAGGACUAGAGAAGGUGUAAUUUGAAAAGCAUUUCAUAUGUGUCUCAGUUAAUCGCUUGUAGUUACAAUUGUUAUAACCAUGUAAUUUGUAAUCUAAUUUUCAAAGAUACCUUCCUAUGUAUAGUGUCAUACCCUUGAAACUUCUUAACCUGCAAAGGAUAAGGAGCUAAUAGAUUAAUUUUUUUGAGAUUAAUUUUAACUUAAGGAACAUUUGAGUUUUGUUGUGACUAAUUAAAAUGCUUUGUCUGUAAAGUUAGCAUUUUAGCUUUUCAAUUUAUGAAGAAGAAUCUUUUUCAAAUAAUUCUCAAAGGUCUUCCUUCUGGUAAAGGACUUGUUUGACACUUGUUGGCUUGUUUAGGUUCAAAGCAAGGGGUCUAACUUAAGGCUGAAUCUAGCUCAGAAUUAAAAAUGCAUGUCUUUGAGAUUUCAAUCAUUAUAGAGGUGCUUGGGGUUAGAAUGGGAUAAUGAAAUGAGACAGUCUCCAAUUUAAUGAAUAUUGAGCUUCUUCUAUGUGCCAGAUACUAUGCUAAACAUUCUGGGAUAUGUAAGAAGAAGAAAAAAAAGAAAGGUAGUCUUAGCACAGAAAGUCAUUCUAGUGGGAGAAGACUUCUACAGAAUUUACAAAAGGUAACCAGGAUUCAGUUUCAUAAUAAAGGUUGAAACAGAAAGUGGUUUAUUUGAUCUGACCAGGUUUGGAAGCUGUGUGGGAUUUCAACAGGUGGAGCUGAAGUGGAGGAGGGUAGGAGUUCCAAGGUGAUGGCCCAGAGGUAAAAGAGGACAGAGGUGUGUUUAGGCAACAGGUAAUAAGCAUUAGUCUGAUGUAAGAAGGUUCAUUUGGGGAGCUGGUAGAUUAAUCUAGAAUCAAACUUUGUGGUCACAUUGUAUGUGGCUUUGUGUAUCUGUGGCUGAAGUUUGCCACUUAAAGCAGUUGGUAAAGGAGAACUGUGGGAGAUGAUUGCUUUUUCUUAACUGGAUAGACAUCACUUCUAAUUCCCUGGGAGGCAUCCCUAGCCCUGGGACUUCUGCAAGAUCUGCCCAGUGUCCUGGGUGAUGAACAUUAAGGAGGGCAUGUAUGUAGUGAACACUGGGUAUUAUAUAAGACUGAUGAAUCACUGAACUCUCCCUCCAAAACUAAUAAUGCAUUAUGUUAAUUAAUUGAAUUUAAUUUGAACACAAAAAAAAGAUCUACCCAAUGUCUAAGGAGAUUUAAAAUUCACUGGGAGUUUUGUGCCUCCUUUUUGACAAGUAAGUUUUGAUAACAGCUAAUAUUUGUUGAGUACAUCCAUGUGUCCGUGCUCUUCUAGAUACUUUAUGUGGAUUAAUCCUCACAACAAACCUCUGAGGCAGGUGCUCUAAGUACGCCAUUUUACACGUGAGGAAAUUGGCAGGUUAAAGCUGUUUGCCCAAGGCUGCACAGCUAGGAAGUGAGAGCCAAGAUUGAGGAUUUUGGCAGGCUGGCAUCAGUCUGUGCUCUCCUGCUUGCAGAUACUUUGGAUCCUUGUCAUGAGAGUUCCACUUGGUUGCGGGGUGUUGUGAGGAGAGCUUUGGCCACUUGAUUUUUAUGGAGGAAGGACAUUUAUUGAGUUGGGUAUAAGGAUAUAGGGUGAAUGAAUACAUUCCAGCAGUUCAUCUCCAAUGUAUGCUCAUGGUGUAGACAGAGUAGUUAAGAUACUUUGUGAAACAGGAUUGCUCAUUACACUGAAAUAGCAUCCUUUUAGUUCUAAAGCUAGUAGGUUUAUUUUUAUGGGUUCAGAAAACCUUGAGAUUUUCUCCACUUAUCUUUGUUCAUUGAGUGUGGACAAAGGUAGAAUAGGGGUAAUUACAGUUUGCAAAUGCCAAAGCUGGAGGGUUUCAAGAAAAAAUGCCAAGAGAAUUGUAGAGACAUCAACCGAGUUUGACAGGAGGCUAGUCCUGAUAAAAUAAGUGUUAAAAUAGUACUCAGGACCAAACCAGAUAAUCAUAGGAUGAAUAACGACAAGGUGUAAAAGUGGAGGUGGUUAAGGGUAGGAGAAACAGAAUGGUCUUAAGGUGACAGAAUCAAGGAAGGGUGAAUUGGUUUUGGUUUUGGGUGGAAAGAUGCAGCAUUUCUAAAGGCAGGAACCAGUAGAGAAGGUAUCCAGGAAUCAUAGUUGAGCAGUAUUUUAGAGGACAUAGAAAAGUGAUCAAAUAAACAUGUCAUUCCCCAACAGGCUAAAAUUAGGAAUAGGGACUGUUAAACUCAACUUUUUCAUUUUCUCUAUUCCCAAGUGUGCUGUUGCAUCUUAAACAUUUUGUUUAAGUAACUUGCAUGAAUUAAGUUAACUUUGGAAAAGAGGACUCUUUCUCAGACUGUAUGGAAGAAAUUUUGAGAUAAAGGAAAGUGAGAGGCACGAAAUUGAAUUACCUCUGGUGUCAGUAAAGUAGUUAAAGCACCGUGCUAAGCAGAUGUCAGUGGUGGUAUUUGUGACCUAAGGAGAACAGGAAAACGUGGGGAGUAAUUAGGGAUGAAUUAUGUCUCACCUUUUUCCACCCCCGACCAGCCUUACUCCGUCACAGAGAGGCGAUUAGGAGUAGAGAACUAUCAUGAAUCUUGGAUCCUGAGAUCCAAGAUUUCCUAAUUGAACCUUUAUUGCAGUGUAUAACAUAAUGCAAAUUGUGACACAUUUCAGCGUCUGCCAAGCAGUGGUAGAAAAGUUUCUGCAUCUGCUCUUGUAAAGACAAAGUGACAAACAGUACUAAACUCAGGGUAGUAUCAGAUGACUUGUUCACCGGAAAUAUUGUUGUAUAAGGUGAGUGACGAUGUUUUGGGGUUCCAGACUGAAUACGGUAAGCAGUUUUUUUUUUCCAGUUGGCCAAGACUUUCAUCGCGUUACCCGUUCGGUUCAGCUUUAGAGGGAAGGAUAUUCGCAGUGCACCCAACCCAACCCUUCCCAAUACUGAGCUCCUCCUCCGGACCUGCGGAGCGCGGUUUGCUCGCUUCAAAUUCAGGGACUAACCGUCCUCGCCCAAUCAUCGGCCUCCUGCCCGCCCCGUCCCUUGUCGCUGUCCAAUCCAAGGCCAGCUCCGAGUCCCCGCCCUGUUGUUCGUGCCGCGAACGGACGUAAACCCCAGGGGCGCGCUGUACGGCCAGUCCGGUGGCCGCGGGUGUGGGGGGCGCCUUGCGCACGCGCAUUUGCAGAGCCACCGGGACGCCCCCUCCCUUGGACCUUUCUGACGAACUCUCGGCGCCCGCAGCUGGAGUCGCGGGCUUGACUUUGUUUUGUAAAACAUGAGGUCCCUUUCGAAGCAGUCGUUUGGAGAACAGAUGUUUUUAUGAAAGUAUUUCCGUUUGCUGUUAGCAUAUUGAGGUCAUUCGACUGGAAUUUUUACUGCUCCAAAAUCAGUUUUUUCAACGAAUUUCAGUUUUGUGAUCAAAGUUUACGUGAGAUGGAAGAUUUCCGAGGAAUAGCUGAAGAGUCAUUUCCAGGUUUUUUAACCAAUUCAUUACUUGGUAAUAGUGAGAUUUUGGAAAAUGUCACUCUUUCUUCAAAUCUUGGCUUGCCUGUUGCUGUUUCAACACUUGCUAGAAAUAGAUCCAGUGCUGACAACAGGUAUUCUGAUAUCCAGGCAUCUUACUUAGUAGAAGGGAAGUUUUCAGUUCCAUCUGAAUCAUCUCCCAGUAGCCAGAGUGAAGCUGACCCAAGAGAGAAGUUGCAACUUAGCUUCCAGGAUGAUGAUUCUAUCUCUAAGAAAAAGAAUCAUAAAGAAAGUCAGCAUUUGUCAGUUGCUGUUCUUGAAGAGUCUACUUUGCAAAGUGAUAUAGCAAGAACAGAAGAGGAGCAAGUUAAAACUGCAAAACCCUUUCAGAGCCAAGAUCCUGUUGAUAGGAUUUCACCACUGGAACAAGUGCAAGACUCACCUGUUGAUUUUUGUUUACAACCAUGGAUGAAUAAUAAGGAGAACAAGAUUAUUAUUCCUCUUGCUCGAAAACAUUUUGAAGACAAGAAUCCACACAAUGACUUAAGCCACACUAGUUUAUUAGAAAAUGAGAAACUUACAUCACUGACAAGCUUGGAGGAUUCUUCUGAUGAUGAUAUUGAUGAUGAAGAGUUUUAUGAUGAACAUUUGGAGGCUUACUUUGAGCAACUGGCUAUUCCAGGAAUGAUAUAUGAAGACCUAGAACAGGAACAUCCAGAAAAAGAUUUUAAAUUACCCACAAGUGAUCCAUGUCAGGCAAAUGAAAAUGAUAGCUAUAAAUCUCAAUCAGAAAAUAACAGCUCUUUGAUUUCCCAUGGCUCACACUCUUCAGGAAAUUCUGAAACAACCCACAAAGAGUCUGAAGUAGGCCAUGUUGUUUGUCUGCCUGGGACCAGCAAUUUUGUAGAUACUGGAGAUAAUAGAAGGCAUAUAGAUGGUGUAUUAUCAUGUUCUUCUAGUACUCAGAGAAUUGAACAAGAGAAAGAAAGGGCAGACAGUUUGAAGGGUAUUGUCCCACAUCAUGGCAGAGAAAGCACAAGAGAAGAAGUUCCUGUGAAGACUAUCCAGGCUACUAAUGUGAAACUUAACCCUGUUUAUUUUCAUGACACAAAUGCCAGUAAAGGUGAUUUUGACUUAAUGGACCCUUUGAAACUGGAGGCCGGGUCUCUUCAUCAAAAUAAGCAUUUGGCAUCUGGUGCAGAAAGAGUUUUGCCCAUGGAUAGAUGUUUAGACACUGAAACGCCUAAAGUGUCCAUUCAAAAAUAUGUGGACAUAGCAUCUUUGAAGCCUAUUAGUGACAGUGAAAUUAAUUCCACUGAUAGUCUUCGGUCACCAACUAGUGAAAGGCGAACAUGUGAAUAUUACAAGUCCAUUAAAAAGAGUAAAGAGGAAACAGAUCUACCACAAAGUGUUGUCUAUCAAAAUGAAGAGGGCAGAUGGGUCACUGACCUUGCGUAUUAUACAUCUUUUAAUAAAGAACAAAAUUUAAAUAUGUCUCUAACUGAUGAGAUGAAUGAAGACUUCAGAUCUGGUUCUGAAGCACUGGAUUUGAUUAAUCAAGAUGAAGAAGAAUUUAAUAAAGAGCAUCAAUUUAUGCAGGAAGAAAAUAUAGAUGCCCAGAACACUUCAGCUGCUCUAGGGGAUACGUCUUGGGGAACUUCAAUUAAUUAUAGUUUGUUGAGGAAAUCACUUAGCACAUCAGAUUUGGACAAAGAUGAUGCCAAUUAUUUACGCCUAUCUUUAGGAGAGUUCUUUGCUCAAAGAUCUGAAGCUCUUGGUUGCCUUGGUGGUGGUUACAAUGUGAAAAGACCAUCAUUUGGUUAUUUUAUUAGAUCACCAGAGAAGAGAGAACCUGUUGCUCUCAUAAGAAAAUCUGAUGUAUCAAGAAGUAAUUUGGAAAAAGAAAUGGCUCAUCUUAACCAUGAUACAUUUUCAGGAGACUUAAAAGCACAGCUAAAUGAAGGAUCAGCUACACUUCAGGCUGAAGAACUGGAGAGUAUUUCACAAGUGGAUGAAAGUGAUGUGACAUUAACUGCCAAUAACUGCAAAACAGAGGACAGUUUCUUCAUGAGUAGCAAACCCCGAAGAUACAAAAGCAAGCCACCUACUGAUGGUGAUUCUGUACUUAGGAUAAGCACCAUUGCUUCAGCCAUUGCAGAUGCAUCACUAAGUACUGAUCCUUCCCAACUUGCUGCCAUGAUCAAGGCACUUUCAAAUAAAACCAGAGAGAAGACUUUUCAGGAAGAUAAUAAACAAAAGGACUAUUCCACUGUGCCUCAUUUCUUGCCUAAUGAUACAGAAAAAAAUAAUGGAUCCAGCAUGUUUGAUAUGGAGAAAUACCUUAAAAAAACAGAAGUCAAUAGAUAUGAAGGUGGACUGGAAAACUUUUCAAGAGCUGCUACAUCUGAUCGGUGGGAUUUAUCUUUGCCAAAACAGUUUACACGAGACAGCCAUACAGUGGACUUAGGUGCUGCUAGUAUAAGUAUAAGGGAACCAGAAGAAAAUACAGCAUUUACUUUUUAUGGUGAAAAUGGAGAGAGCAAGAAUCAAGAAUCAUUUAGAACAAACUGUCCAAAUUCAAUUCUUACAAAUAGAAAAGAGAAUGAAAGUACAAUUGUUGAUGUGAAGACGUAUCCUAUUGACAACAAAUUACCAGAUAUUAGUAACUGCAAAACAGCCACCUCAGUAUCCACUCCAACAUCUAAUAGUUAUUCAUUAGUAAGGAACCCCAGGAUAGCAUCUGUUUGGCUGUUAGGAGAGUGUGAAGAAAUAACAAAUAAUAGAGAAAAUCAGAGGCAAAAUGAGUGUGUUAGUGAAGCAAGCAAUGGUGAAAAACAUGUGACUUUUGGAAAACAUUCCAUAAUUACGCCUAAAAACGUUGAUUUGAAAAAUCACUCUCCUGAGCAUGGUGGACAUGGCUCAGAGGAUGACCAGGAUAGCUUCAGACCUUCCUCUUCUCCACUGAGUCAUUCUUCUCCUAGUGAAAUUUCUGGAACAAGUUUAUCAGGGUGUGCUUUAGAGUCUUUUGGUUCAGCAGCUCAUCAGAAGCCCCCCUGUGAGAGUGAGUCGUCUCAGUUGGUGUGUCCACAAGCUAGUGUGAGUAGGUUGACUUACGUGUCUGAACAAGAGAGCUCCUGUCCUACUACGGCCUCAGAUCAUGGCCUUGAGGGCUGCAAGAGUGAUGUCACCAGUGAAUUGAGCACCACAAUUACUCAAGCCAGUCCAAUUCCAUCAGAGGAACAGGUUGUGGAAAAACUGAGAGAAAAAGGUCCAUUUCAAAGUAGAAGUAAAGUAGCACGAUCCUAUAAUCAGAAAAACUCAGAUACAGACAAUGUGACUGAAAUGACUUCUCUGAGUAGCAUACCUGAAGGUGUAAAACCUUACUUUAGGUUGAAUAAAGAUCUUUCCUCCAGGAGUGGAGACCUAUCAGAAACCGGUGCAGUAGGGUUGACCUCUCACCCCAGUGAAUUGGACCAGAUCAGCCUGGCUCUACUGAGCAAGUCAGGCAUCACCCGCCCAGUUGUGUCAGCGAUGCCACACCGGCCUGGAUCACACCAGGCGUCUGUGAACAAAGGUGAAAGAGUAGCCUCUGAAGCUACGUUAACUACUGACAGUGCAGUAAGUGGCCAGAUUCCUCAGCGGAUGGCCCCGGAAAACCAGGGCGCCCCUCUUCCCAGCACUGUGUCUUGUGGCUCUGCUCCUGUGAUGCAGAACAUGCCCACCGUAGUUCCUGCACUCUGGACUCAACAUUCUUUUACCACAGCCCCCUUUGCCCAGCAGUAUUUGGGAACACUACCUUCGGCUGGAAAUGUUGCUUUGCCUCAGUGCCAUGCUGGCAGCGCCACUGUCUGUGGACUCUCGGGAAGCUGUCCAUAUCCUGCUGUCGCAGGAGAGCACGUUCACAACUCUGUGGCCAUGGGAAUUUGUCUAGGACAAAAUACCGGCUCUGGAUUGAUGGGCCCCUCUUCCCUUUAUAACCCAUAUUCUAAUGCCUUAAAUCAGAAUCUUCUAAGUACAGCAAAACCUUUCCCUGUGCAGUCUGUUGGUACAAAUUGUGGAAUUGAACCAUGGGAUUCAGGAAUGCUACCAGGAUUUGGGAAGGUAAGAGUACCUGAGGAAUUGAAGUUUCCUCAUGCUUGCUGUGUUGGCAUUGCUUCACAGACCUUCCUCAGUGUACUUAAUCCAACUGACCGCUGGCUACAGGUCAGCAUUGGGGUUCUCACCGUUAGUAUUAAUGGUGAAAAGGUGGAUCUUUCAGUAUAUCCUUGUUUAGUCUUCAAGAAUAAAGUCAUCAUAAGACCUCAUGCCACAGAAGAGAUAAAAGUACUUUUCAUACCAUCCGAUCCUGGGAUUUUCAGAUGUAUAUUCAGUGUUGCUUCUUGGCCAUUUUCAGCGGAUGCUGAGACCAUAGCACAGGCAGAAGCCUUGGCAAGCCGAGUCAUUCUCACGGCUGUUGCUGAGACCCCUGUGAUUGAGGUAGAAACAGAAAAGAAAGAUGUUCUUGAUUUUGGCGACUUGACUUACGGUGGCUGGAAAGCUCUGCCAUUAAAAUUGAUAAACAGGACUCAUGCCGCUGUGCCAAUCAGACUUGUUAUUAGUGCUAAUGCCAUAGCCUGGCGCUGCUUCACGUUUUCCAAGGCACCCGUCCAUGCUUCUUUGAAAGCAGCUCCAUAUGCCGACGUGAUUGCUCAGCUGGCAGCUCCUUCUGUGGUCAACCACAUGAUGCCUGCCAGUUACGAUGGGCAGGAUCCAGAAUUUCUGAUAAUUUGGGUUCUUUUCCAUGGUCCAAAGAAGCGGAUUACUUCUUCAGAGAUUUUAGAUUCAGCAGAAGAGUUCUUGGCAAGAGUCGAUAUAGAAGUUGAUAGCCCACACCCUACCCCGGUCAUUAAAAGUAUUGGUCUUCAAGCAAGAACAGGAAUAGCUAGGAUACAUGCUCCGAAAGACUUACAGACUAUGCACUUGUUUGCCAGUAUUGCUUCCUCAACAAAGCAGCACUUACCUUUGAAAAAUGCGGGGAAUAUUGACGUUUACUUAGAUAUCAAGAUCCCAGAUCAAGGAAGUCACUUUUCAGUGGAUCCAGAGAAUCUGUUCCUUAAACCUGGAGAGGAACACGAAGUUAUAGUUACAUUUACUCCAAAGGACUCCCAAGCCUGUGAGGAAAGGAUCUUAAAAAUAUUCGUGCAGCCAUUUGGACCUCAGUAUGAAGUGAUGUUAAAAGGUGAAGUAGUUUCUUCAGGAAACAAACCUCUGAUGCCUGGCUCUCGCUGCUUAGCUGCUCCAUCGAUGUUGUCCAACAAGCAGUUUCUGGCCUGGGGGGGUGUCCCUCUUGGUAGAACACGGCUUCAGAAGCUAGCUUUACGAAAUAAUUGUACAUCUACAACCCAGCAUCUGCGACUGCUCAUUAGAGGACAAGACCAGGACUGCUUUCAGCUUCAGCACACUUUUGGUUCAGAAGAACGACUAACCAGUAACUGUGAGAUUAGAAUGCAUCCAAAAGAAGACAUUCACAUAUCUGUGUUAUUUGCACCUACUCGAUUAUCUUGUAUGUUGGCUAAACUUGAAAUUAAACAACUGGGAAUUCGCUCACAACCGGGCAUUAAGUUCACGAUACCUUUGUCUGGAUAUGGAGGAACAAGUAAUCUUAUUUUGGAAGAUGUUAAAAAGUUAUCUGACAGUUACAUGGUAACAGUGAAUGACUUAGUACCUGGCAAAGAAAGUAGAAUUGUUUUUUCUGUUCAUAACACUGGCUCUCGGGCAGCUUUUGUUAAAGCAGUAGGUUUUAAGGAUUCUCAGAAAAAAGUUUUGCUGGAUCCUAAAGUAUUAAGGAUUCUUCCAGAUAAAUUUGUGCUCAAAGAAAAAACACGAGAAGAUGUUACUAUAAUAUAUAAUCCAUCAGACAGAGAGAGCAAUUAUACAACCACAACAGAACUGUCAACUGUAUACUUCUUUGGUGGUGAUGAAAUUUCGAGGCAGCAGUAUCGAAGAGCCCUAUCGCUUAAACCAGGGAUUAUAGAACAAGUACUUCCAGAACAUAGUGUGCUGCAGCACAUUGAUUUUGCGGAAAAAUUCCAGGAUGAGUUACUAGUAACUGAAGUGUAUGAUCUUCCCCAACGGCCUAAUGAUAUUCAGCUCUUUUAUGGAAACAUGCAUAAAAUUAUACUUUCAGUAAUUGGAGAAUUCAGAGAUUCCAUGUCUAGCAGUGAAUUCCUUCAGCCUUCUUCCAAAGCUGGCUUAGAAUCUAAAAGUGAAUCUGACGGUUCUGGGAAACAUGGUGGCAAUGUCUCUUUGGAUGUUUUACCAGUUAAAGGUCCUCAAGAUUCUCCACUUCUUUCACAAGCUGUUUGCCCACCUCAAGAUAAAUCAUCCUCUAAGGAAAUGUGGACUGUCCAGCCUGAACACUUGAUUUUGAUAGCCCCUUCUUGUGAUCUGGCAAAAACUGCAUGUUUCCAGAUUUUAAAUAAUUCCGUUAGGUUACUGAAAUUUGAGUUGUACUGGCCAGCACAUUGCCUUACGGUAACACCACAACAUGGAUUUAUCCCACCAGAGAGUAAGCUACAAAUUCUUGUGAGUCCUAAUUCCUCCUUAUCCACAAAACAUUCAAUGUUCCCAUGGAGUGGUUUAAUCUAUAUACACUGUGACAAUGGACAGAAGAAAAUUGUGAAAGUUCAAAUUCGUGAAGACUUAACCCAGAAAGAACUCCUCACUCAUUUGGCCUCCAGCACAUUUGGAAUCCUUUCUCCAGGAACUGAGCCUUCAGUUAGUCAUCUGGUGAAACCAAUGACAAAACCACCUUCCACAAAAGUUGAGAUAAGAAACAAGACUGUUACUUUUCCUGCAACAGAACCUGGUGAAACUUCAGAAAAUUUUCUGGAACUUGAGAAUCAUGGUAACACAGAAGUGAAGUGGCAUCUGUCAUCCUUAGCUCCACCUUAUGUCAAGGGAGUUGAUGACAGUGGAGAUGUUUUUAGAGCUACCUAUGCAGCAUUCAGAUGUUCUCCUAUUUCUGGUAUACUGGAAAGCCGUGGAAUUCGGAAGGUCUCCAUCACUUUUUUGCCCAGGGAUAGAGGGGAUUAUGCUCAGUUUUGGGAUGUUGAGUGUCACCCCCUUAAAGAGCCCCACAUGAAACAUACCCUGAGAUUUCAACUCUCUGGACAAAGUGUCAAAGCAGAAAAUGAGUCUGGAAGUUCACAAAUUUCCACAAACUCCCUCAUUAAACUAGAUAAUUUAGUUAAGCCCCGAAGACAAGCUGUAUCAGAUGCUUCUGCUCCCAUACCAGGCAGACAGCUUGACUUGACACACCGCGGAGUUUAUGCCCCAGAAGAUGUGUAUCGGUUUCUGCCUACUAGGGUUGGGGAAUCAAGGACAUUGAAAGUCAACUUGCGAAAUAAUUCUUUCAUUAUGCACUCCCUCAAGUUUUUAAGUCCCAGAGAGCCUUUCUACGUCAAACAUUCAAAAUAUUCUUUGAGGGCGCAGCAUUACAUCAACAUGCCUGUGCAGUUCAGACCAAAGUCAGUGGGCAAAUUUGAAGCUUUGCUGCUUAUUCAGACAGAUGAAGGCAAGAGUGUCGCUAUUCGACUAAUGGGUGAAGCUCUUGAAAAAAUUAACUAGAUACAUUUUGUGUAAAGUAAAUUACAUAAGUUAUAUUUUGGUUCAUUUUUUUACACUACGAUAUUCUUUUGUAUAUAUUUUGUAAGAUUGAUUUGAUAUGUAUAACUAGAUUUUUGUUUGUUUGUCUUGAGAAGCUAAUACUGAAGACCGGACUAAAAUAUCAUGUAUGUAGCCUACAGUAUUGUACUUAACUUUACAGGGGAGAAGAGAAUUCUAUUUUUGCAUUGAUUAUGAUACUCUGAAUAAAUACGACAUAUAUUUUAAUGUGGUAUAUCCAGAAAUAAAUUUAAU